CAGGUGUGUUAAAUUAACAUUUUUUCUCCCUGUUGAAGUGGAGUUAUUAUUUUUGAAGCGUCGAACUUGUCCCGCCGUUCGAUGAUGAUGGAGGGAAAUGUGCAGCAGCAGCAGCAGCAGAAAACGACCCCUUUAGCCCGGGACAUGACCCGAAUAUUCAACAACUACAACAAGAACUCGGUCCAGCUGAAGAAGAACCUGAAGGAGACCAACAGCUUCUUCAAGGAGAUACGACAGAACUACAGCAACGCCUGCGCAUCGACCAUAAACGCGGAUUCACUGGAAGCAAGCCAGCUCAGCUGCAUCUCUUUUCCAAGUCACGAGGAAGAGUUUCUUCGACGUACCGUGGGGGCCGCCCCCUACAUCCUCAUCCUGGGCCAGGACUGCGCCGCCCGCUACCAGCUGCUCAACUGCCUUCUGGGGGAACGGCUCUUGCCGUUGGGCCCAGAGGCCGGAGAGGCCUGCGACGGCGUCCAGGGCAGCGUCUGCAAGAGACGGAAGCUGUGCUUCACCCACGGGAGACAGACCAGACUCAGCCUGGCUCUGCCGGGUCAGUAUGAGCUGGUGCACCAGCUGGCAGCGAACCGCGGUCGCUGGGAUACCAUUCCCAGAGAGGAUCUGGAGAUCCACGAAGAGUGUGAGGACCCAGCUCACAGGCUGGCAGAGCUGGAGAUCACCCUGCACCACCCGCUGCUUCAGGAAGCUAAAGUCAUGGUGGUUCCCUGCCCAAGCGUCCAGCCCAUAGAGGAGGCUCUGGAGGACUGCAGCCACUGCGUGAUUCCCAUCAUCCUUUACGCCGUCAACCAGGACUCCUUGACUGCAGAUCAGGUGUCUGAGCUCUGGAAGGUCAGAGAGAUGCUGUCGUUUCCCAUCUGCUUUGUCCGUCUUCCCGACGGCGCUCUGAACGCCUCCCCGGAGCCCGGCCGCGGGGCGGACAAGGAGAAGGAGAAGGAGCGGGAGAAGAGCUCCCUCCACAAACAGCUCCUCUCACUCGGAUUCCUAACCAGCCCAACGGGCAACUGUUCCUGCGGCGCUCCGACACUGAUCCCUGCACCGGGUGCCAAGCCCCAGAGCAUGCUGGGGGAAUCAUUCGAUAGGCUGCAUCGGUUGCUGGUUCCUUUCACUCGCCAGGUUCUCCAAAACCAACAAGUAGAGGCUGCAAACGUGCUGAACGGACUUCACUGCCGAUGUCUAGAUCUCUUCAUCAACCAGGCCUUUGACAUGCAGAGGGACCUGCAGAUCACGCCGCGCAGGCUGGAAUACACCCGCGAGAAGGAGGGGGAGCUCUUCAGCUCCCUCAUGGCCAUCGCAAACCGCAAGCAGGAAGAGAUGAAGGAAAUGAUUGUGGAGACACUCGGCAGCAUGAAAGAGCAGUUAUUGGAGGACGCCGCCAACCUGGAGUUCACAGACGUCAUUGUAACACCAAACGGAGAGCCUGUUACAUCCAAGGAGAUCAAAUCCUGCAUCCACCUGAUCCAGGAGCUGAUCGUGGUGCGCUUGAACCAGGCCGUGGCCAACAAGCUCAUCAGCUCCGUAGACUACCUGAGGGAGAGCUUCGUAGGAACGCUGGAGCGAUGCCUCAGUAGUCUGGAGAAGUCCACUUUGGAUUCGUCCGUUCACAACGUCACUUCUAAUCACCUCAAACAGUUAUUAAAUGCUGCUUAUCACGUGGAGGUCACCUUUCAUUCAGGAUCUUCUGUCACAAGAUUCGUCUGGGAGCAAAUCAAGCAGAUCAUCCACAGAAUAACCUUCGUCAACCCUCCCGCCAUCACUCCAGAGUGGAAGCGGAAGGUCGCACAGGACGCAAUAGAGAGUCUGAGCGCCGCCAAACUGGCUCGGAGCAUCUGCUCCCAGUUCCGGACUCGACUGAACAGCUCUCACGAAGCCUUCGCAGCUUCUCUGCGUCAGCUGGAGGAGGGGCACACGGGCCGCCUGGAGCGCACGGAGGACCUGUGGCUGCGCGUGAGGAAGGACCACGCCCCGCGGCUGGCUCGCCUUUCCCUGGAGAGCCGCUCGCUGAGGGACGUCCUGCUGCACGGCAAGCCAAGGCUGGGUCGAGAGCUGGGCCGGGGCCAGUACGGGGUGGUGUAUUUGUGUGAAAGCUGGGGCGGACAUUAUCCCUGCGCCCUGAAGUCUGUGGUUCCGCCCGACGACAAACACUGGAACGACUUGGCUCUGGAGUUCCACUACACCAGGUCUCUGCCUAAACACGAGCGGCUGGUCGACCUUCACGGCUCCGUGAUCGACCACAGCUACGGGGGCGGCUCCAGCAUCGCCGUGCUGCUCAUCAUGGAGCGGCUGCACCGGGACCUGUACACGGGCCUGAAGGCUGGUCUGUCUCUGAGGGAGAGGCUGCAGAUCGCUCUGGAUGUGGUGGAGGGGAUCCGCUUCCUGCACGGUCAGGGCCUCCUGCACCGGGACAUAAAGCUGAAAAAUGUUCUGUUGGACAAACAAAACCGGGCAAAGAUCACGGACCUGGGCUUCUGCAAACCCGAGGCCAUGAUGUCAGGCAGCAUUGUUGGGACCCCCAUCCACAUGGCCCCCGAGCUGUUCACAGGGAAGUACGACAACUCCGUGGACGUCUACGCCUUUGGGAUCCUGUUCUGGUACCUCUGCACGGGUUCUGUCAAACUCCCAGAAGCCUUUGAGAAAUGCUCCAGCAAGGAUCAGCUGUGGAAUAAUGUCAAGAAAGGAGCCAGACCGGAGCGGCUGCCCUCUUUUGACGAGGAAUGCUGGCAGCUGAUGGAGGCCUGCUGGAACGGGGACCCCUCCCUCAGACCCCUGCUGGGCAUCGUGGAGCCCGGCCUGCAGUCCAUCAUGGAGCGGCUCUGCAACGGCAGCUCCGGACAGAGAAGCAGCAGCCUGGAGGAUUCCGGCUGAAGACGCUCCAGAGCGAGACGGACGGACGGACGGAGGCUUCUGCUCUAUUUAUGAAGAACAAACUGAGAGACGGGGAGCUGGUCCUGCUGAUCGGCUUUGACUUAUUUAUGUGCAGUUCUUCCACCAAGACGGCAAACAUGACUCUGAACGUCUGACUGACUCCACUCUGCGCUUCUCUCCCCACUGUGUUGCUGAUGUUGUAGAAAUGUUACUAGAUCCAAAUUGUUUUAAAACAAGUCCAUCCUCCAGUAUUAUGAAAAAAAUAUAAAAAGAAUAAUUUUAGAUUGUAUUUAAACAGAAAAUGUCUGCAUCUGUACAAAACCUUUUUUAAUAAAAGUGAUCUGUUACAAC